AUGUCCUUCACCAUUAACGACUUGAGGGAAGCGUGCAGCAAAUAUUUCCAGUUGGUAAUCCUUGAGAGUUUGAACCCUACAGCCACCCUCGAUGCGCACGAGUUGCGAUUUUCCAUCCGGCCACAAGUUUCUUACCCGAGAACUUUCCAACGUCAGGUCGACCAUGUGGAGACAGUUGCAACGACGCACAUUCCAGUUAAACGUCCGGGCCCGGAAGGUGUUGCGGUGGGUGACUUUGACGGAGAUGGCCAUCUCGAUAUUGUGGUUGCGAAUGGGGUCGACGAUACGGUGAGCGUCUUGCUCGGAACUGGAUCAGGGAAUUUCCAGGCGCAGGCCACGUUCCCUGUGGGGUCAUUUGCGCACGGCGUUGCACUGGGCGACUUCGACGAAGACGGCCACCUCGAUAUUGUGGCUUCAAAUACAGCCGAUGAUACGGUGAGCAUCUUGCUCGGGCGGGAUUGGAUCGAAGAGCUUCCAGCUGCAGUCUACAUUCCCUGUGGGGCCCAGGCCGCUUGGUGUUGCGGCGCAGGCCACAUUCCCCGUGGGGUCCCAGUUAGUGUUGCAGCAGGCGAGUUCGACGGAGAGGGCCAUCUCUACAUCGUGACUACGAAUGAUGCCGACAGUACAGCGAGCGUCUUGCUUGGGAAGCCUUGCGGCGCUUAG